AUGCAUCUAAACAUCGUCGUGGCAUUUUGCUGUUUCUGGCUCCAAGCGUGGGCAGCUAAAGAUUAUUUGUUCAAAAAUUGCGACCAGCUGGGGUUUUGUUCGAGAAACAGACACUACAGACGCCAAGUUGAGAACCUGGGAAGACAUAUUCCAUACUUUGUGGAUCCACUGUCGAUUGAAUUGAAAAAUGACAAAUUGGAAGGUACCUUGUAUAAGAAGCUAGAGCCGAACGAGCUCGUGAAGCUUCCGUUUGAGUUUUCGUUGCUAAAGGGCGACAAUGUGAGGUUAAAAAUUGAUGAAGAUAGAUCGAAGGUGAGAAUCAAGGGGCUCAACACAAAAAGGUACGAUGAAACUGCCCAGGCGAUUUUCGAUGGGCCCGAAAAAGAUAAAUACGUGCUGUUGAAGGAGAAAGUGGAUAUAGGGAAAGACUCUAUUACCAUAGUGUAUGGUGCGGAUAAACAGUUUAAAGCGGUGCUAGACCUCAACAGCGUUGUCUUGACUAUUUACUACCAAGAUCACCCACAAGUUUCUUUUAAUUCGAAACAGCUUCUAAACUUUGAGCACUUCCGGAGCGAAGAAGAAAAUGUACAGAACGUUCAUAGUGAGUUGGAACUGACAUUUGACAUGUUCCACGAUUCGUUUGCUGAUUCCAAAGAUGACUCUUUGAGAUUGGGGCCUGAGUCUGUGGCCGCUGAUAUUGUGUUCCACAAUUUCGAUCAUGUUUAUGGUAUUCCUGAGCACGCAGACUCCCUCAGCCUCAAAGAAACAACAGACUCGCUGUGGCCUUACAGACUCUACAAUGUCGACAUAUUCGAAUAUUAUUCAGAGUCAAGAAUGCCCAUGUACGGCUCCAUUCCUAUCAUGACAGCUACAAAUCCCACCGUAUCUGUUGGGGUGAUGUGGAUGAACAGUGCAGACACUUACGUCGAUGUUAACAAGGCAUCAAAGCCAAAGUCGGUUACUUCGCACUGGAUUUCCGAAGCUGGUGUAUUGGAUUUGAUAAUACUGAUGGGUGAGUCGCCAGCGACUAUCAAUAAAAAUCUCGGUCUCUUGACUGGAUAUGUUCAAUUACCUCAGCUUUUCUCAUUAGGAUACCACCAGUGCAGAUGGAUGUAUAACGAUGAGGAGGAUGUGCUCGACAUCAACAGCAAGUUUGAUAAGUAUGAGAUUCCGUAUGAUACCAUUUGGCUUGACGUGGACUAUACGGACACAAGAAAGUACUUCACAUGGGAUCCAGACAGCUUUCCUGAUCCUCAGAGAAUGCUUCGAAAGUUGGAUCAUACCGGAAGAAAUAUGGUCAUUCUUAUCGACCCACAUUUCAAAUUAGACUACGAAAUAAGUGAUCACAUUGACAAAUACGGUAUUGGCCAGAAGAAUUCACGGAACGAGACUUACAAACAUCAUUGUUGGCCCGGUGAGUCCGUAUGGAUCGAUUCCCUCAAUCCAUCGGCACAAGAAUAUUGGGAUAAGCUUCAUGAACUGUCGAAAGAUAACGCCGUAUUUGGAGAGGCUCAAAAUGUCCAUAUCUGGAAUGAUAUGAGUGAGCCAUCCGUGUUUGAUGGUCCUGAGACAAGCGCUCACAAGGACAACCUUCACUAUGGGAAUUGGGAGCACCGUUCUUUGCAUAAUCUUGUCGGUAAAAGCUUUCACGAACUCACGUACAACUCUCUUGUUAAGAGAGCCUCGAACGACCAAAGACAGCGCCCAUUCAUAUUGACCCGGUCGUUCUUUGCUGGAUCACAAAGAACUGCAGCAACGUGGACUGGUGACAACAUGGCCAAAUGGGAGUAUCUCAGGACCUCAAUUCCGAUGACGUUGACUCUCAAUGCGGUCAACAUGCCAUUUGCCGGCGCGGACGUUGGCGGAUUCUUCGGUGACCCUUCCAAGGAAUUACUCACGAGAUGGUACCAAACAGGUAUUUGGUAUCCUUUUUUCCGAGCUCAUGCCCAUCUUGAUAGCAGACGUAGAGAGCCUUGGGUUCCUGGAGAGCCCUUCACGAGCUACAUCAAGGACGCUAUCAGAUUAAGGUACUCUUUGCUACCUGCUUUCUACACGAGCUUCUACGAGUCGAGCACCGACGGAUCCCCAGUGAUGAAACCUCUCUAUUAUUCGAACCCAGAGAAUGAAGAUGUCUAUGCUAUUGAUGAUCAAUUUUUCCUUGGAAAUAGCGGUUUGAUGGUUAAGCCAGUGACAGAGCAGAAUGCUAGAUAUGUUGAAGUUUACAUUCCCGAUACUGAGCCUUACUAUGAGUUCACCGAUGGGUUCCCUCAAGCUGAUGCUAUCAGACUUUCUUCGCCGGGAACCAUCAAGAAGUCUGUUGACCUUGGAACCAUUCCAAUGUAUCUUAAGGGAGGCCAUAUACUUACAAGGAAAGACCGCUACCGCCGGUCCUCCAGGCUCAUGAGACACGACCCUUACCACUUAGUUGUUGCCUUGGACAAUAGCGGCUCCGCCCAAGGGUUGUUGUAUGUUGACGACGAGGAAUCUUUUGCAUACCGUAGCGGCAACUUCGCUAUUUCGGCAUUUGAAGCCACUGGCAAUACCAUCAAAGGUGCAGUCUUUGCGGGAAACGAUGUUAUUAGAAAAGAACUUGAUGGAAUUGUUAUCGAGAAAAUCACAGUUUUAGGUGCCGAUGAUGUGAACGCCGCUGAAGUAUCCCAAGAUGGCAAAAAGUGGGAGGCGGCGAUCAACAGGAAAGACGGAAUUCUCGAACUAGUGGGUCCUAAACUUAGUAUCAAUAAGGAUUGGGAAGUCAAGCUCAGGAAGUCCACCCGUCACGACGAGUUGUGA